CUUGAAGUCGGUUAAAGAUGUUUCUCUCUUCGCGGUACUACGCGUCUCCUUCUAGCGGUCGUGUAAACGUAGCGUUACGUUGGAAUUUCGUCGCGCCCGACUCUCCGAAUGUCGUAUCACAGCUCGCGAUCGUGAUUAUUCUUGCGCGACCGAGUUCGUAUCGCAGUUGACGAGUCUUCGCUACAACAUAUACGCAUUACAUGAUCGAAAUUAUUUGACGAUCCGACAUUUUGAACGAGAAGGAAACUCUCUGCUUGUACGUAUUCUUAUAUUUGAUGAUUGGGCAAUUCUCACAACUACAAUAAGCUUUACUGCUUGAGCUUUUGUGUGCCAUUGGAGUCUUAAUUAUACGAUAUUAAUCAGGAGCCAAAAUGGCGUCAAUGCGUAGCGUGGAUGGUUAUAUUGAAAUUUAAAAGAUAGCUGUUUGGUAAUUGUGUGCGACGAAGUUAGAAAUCGCACGAUACCGCAAAGUUUCGAAUAUCGUUCCCGACGGACCGGCUGAAUGCAUAGUUCAUCGAUAUCUCACUCCGAGAGAGUAAUAGUCGCGAUUCGCAUUCGCAUGAUCCGUUAUCACGUGCAUGAUUUACAACGUUUGAAUUCGUGACUUCGCGUUCGAUUCGUAUCAAACAGACGCUUUCGCCCAAGUACAGUAUAUUCGCUUUCUUCAACUGACGAUCUUAAGAUGAUUGAGAAGGUCGCCUCACUACAGGAUACGGAGAAUAAUAAGGAUCGUCAGAGCCGACUUUGUCUUCUGUUCUGCAUUCUUUCCGUGUUACGUAAUCAAUCUGUAGAUUCCACGUCGAUCAAACGUUCUCCAGCCGAACAAUUACACGUCUUUGCCUUCCCGAGCGCAACAUUUUCGAAAGGAAUUGUUAAAUAUCGAAGUUUCCAUGCGAAGGACCGGUCUUAUGAAGCAGACAGAAACAUCCUGAUCGGUACCGAAAGCGGAAUAUCAGCUUGCAUAUAUAGUAGAUAUUGCAAGAAAAUAAAUAAAAGGGGAGAGCUCGAUCGAAGAAAGAAGCGGAAGAAGAAAAAGAUGAAGAAGAAGCAGGAUAAAAAGAGGAGGAUAAGAGGAGAGCGUGACGAGAAGCACGAGGGGCCUCGCAUAUACGGUCGCGUGAGAUAGCCGCAUCAUUCCUUG